GACAGGGUCAAGGACAGAGUUAACCACGAGUAACCCUGGUGCAGUAGAAAGCGGAUACAACCACGGACUGCGGAUAUAACAUAUCAGUCUAGCUGGAUCAUCGCUGCUUGAUUGCCUGUGGAAAGUGUCUUUUAAAUUUUCAUCAUGUCGUCCCCUCAAGGUGAUAUUGCCCUAAUUGGUCUUGCUGUGAUGGGACAGAACUUGAUCCUCAACAUGAAUGAUCAUGGCUUUACUGUGGUGGCCUUCAACAGAACAGUUUCCAAAGUGGAAGAAUUUUUGAAAAAUGAAGCCAAAGAUACCAAAGUGAUUGGUGCCACUUCACUACAGGACAUGGUCCAAAAGUUGAAAAAGCCCAGACGUGUUAUGCUACUUGUCAAGGCUGGGCAAGCAGUGGAUGACUUCAUCAACAGCCUGGUCCCACUGCUGGAAAAGGGUGAUAUCAUUAUUGAUGGUGGAAACUCAGAGUACAGAGACUCUAUUAGGCGCUGCAAAAGCCUGAAGGAGAAGGGGCUGCUCUUUGUGGGGAGUGGAGUAUCUGGAGGAGAGGAUGGCGCCCGCUAUGGACCUUCACUUAUGCCUGGUGGUUCUGAUGAAGCAUGGCCUGCAAUUAAAGAAAUCUUUCAGUCGAUUGCUGCUAAAGCAGGAAAUGACCCAUGCUGUGACUGGGUUGGCCCAGAAGGAGCAGGUCACUUUGUGAAGAUGGUUCACAAUGGCAUUGAGUAUGGAGACAUGCAACUUAUCUGUGAAGCCUACAGCCUCAUGAAGGAUGCCUUAGGCAUGACACAUGGAGAAAUGGCAGAGAUUUUUAACAGUUGGAACAAGAGUGAGCUGGAAUCCUUCCUCAUCGAAAUCACUCGUGACAUAAUGAAGUUUAAUGACGCCGAUGGACAACCUCUAGUAGAGAAAAUCAUUGACAGUGCUGGACAGAAGGGAACUGGAAAAUGGACAGCAAUUGCUUCCUUAGAGUAUGGAGUGCCUGUAACUCUGAUUGGUGAGGCUGUCUUUGCACGCUGUCUCUCAUCCCUGAAAGAAGAGCGUGUGGCUGCCAGCCAGGUCUUUCCUGCACCCACCUCUCGUUUUUCUGGAGACAAGAAAGCAUUCGUUGAGGACAUUAAAAAUGCUUUGUAUGCCUCCAAAAUUGUGUCGUAUGCUCAAGGUUUCAUGCUCAUGAGAGAGACAGCAAAAGAGCUUGGAUGGAAGCUUAAUUAUGGUUCCAUCGCAUUGAUGUGGCGAGGUGGUUGCAUCAUCCGUAGUGUGUUCCUGGGGAAUAUCAAACAGGCAUUUGACAAAAAUCCCAGUCUCAGCAAUCUUCUGGUGGAUAGUUUCUUCAAGGAAGAAAUUGCAAAGUGUCAGGCGUCAUGGCGACGUGUAGUUUCCACAGCAGUUACCUUGGGAAUUCCUACGCCUGCCUUUAGUACUGCUUUGGCCUUUUUUGAUGGUUACCGUAGUGCCCGUCUUCCUGCCAACCUUAUCCAGGCUCAGCGAGACUAUUUUGGAGCUCACACUUAUGAGCGCGUUGAUUCUCCUGGAAAGUUUGUCCACACCAACUGGACAGGUCACGGAGGUUCUGUCUCAUCGACUACAUACCAAGCCUGAAGUGCCAAUAGCUCUUACGUACACAUAGAAGAAAGGAAGCUGAAAUAUUUACAGCUCUGCAUACAUAUAAAAGAAUGGUCUCGAAUUUAAGACAUUGGAAACCUAGGCUACUGUGAACUGUUGCGUGGCUUGUGCAGUUCUCAUUCCAGUCUUUCAAAAUAAAACCCUGCAAGUGACCAGUGUGUUUUGCAGGAAGAAUUUUUUGUA